UAUACCUACCGGAAUUCUGAAUAUAACUUUUCUAUUGUUGUAUCGACAAAACUUCCGUUUCUAAGUAUUUUUUAAAGCUGUCUGGUUGUCAAAGUUGAUUCAUUCUUAUUACGUUUGUCAUUGCGUUGUUGCUUAAUGAACUUUGAAGGAUCAUGUCGUCAAAGCAUAAGUGUCCCCGAUUAAUCACGCCAAGCAAAUAUGAGACACAAGGCAAGGAUUCCUUCAACUGGUGGUUGCGAUUAUUUAAAAAAAUGGAGGACGAGUUUCAAAUUCCACCGCACCUUCGGAGGGAUGUUAUUAGUAAAAUAUUCCCCGAGAAACUUUUACAAAAAAUUUUGACGAUAAUUACGACAGUUGAUCCGAAACAAGAUUCAUCUACCGACGCAAGCUACUUUCGAAGAGUUUCCGACGACAAAAUCUCUAAAUCUGACAGAACAAUUCUAUCCAAAACGGAACGAUCGCGAAGUCUAAUUGACGAGGAGGACAAAGGCGAGAGAAAGUACAAGUUAUCGGGGCGUACGAAUCCGUAUCUAAAGUUUUGCAAAUGUCCACCCGAGCGGGCCGCUAUUUGGAGACCGCUUCCACCGCUCAGCAUCGAAGGCAUGGACCUAAACCAGAAAUCGGAAGCAAUUACCGAAGCGAUCGCCGUUGAUUUUGUGGCUUGGCUAAUGAAUUUGGGGGGCGAGACAAAGACGACUUUGGAUGUUGCUCAAGUAAUGAAAAUGUUCGAGGUCGGAUUUCAUACUCAUGCGGCAACUUCGUUGGUUGUGCGAGUCAAAGAAAUGCCGGCCGUUCCAAAGUACGUCGCGGAGAUGAGAAAGCACCCCGAAAAAGCUUUUGCGGAAAAGUUGAAAGAGCAAAUCUAUGAGGACAUUCGCGCAUCGCAAAAGACGGCAAAGGCGAGGGCUUUUUACACUACCCUACCGAAUCAUCUGCGCUAUACGCCUCCAAAGCAAGGAAUCGUCGACAAGUGGUUAACACGAAGGGCGCCAGAAAGAAUCGCCAGUAUGGCAAUUGUUUGGGAGGGAAUUACGCACUUGAGAUCAACUCGGGCCUUCUGCAAGUGGUUAAUAGAACACCCCGACGUACCCCGUCCCCAAUAUUUGAUACAACAGGGCAUGUUAGAGAGCAGCUACUUUGAGAAACCACAUUACUCUAUCGACAGUCAACUUUCCACGCAGAUGAUAGAGCCGGGUUUUGUUAGUAGCAUCAAUCAUAUUCACGCAACGCCCCACUAA